AUGAAUGGAACAUCGCCCAAUGGUGUCAAGAAGAGCACAGAUGGCUUUCUUCAUCGCACUGUCCAGCAGUUGUUCUCGCUUGAAGGUCGAACGAUUGUGAUCACGGGAGGCGGUCGUGGUAUUGGUCUGGCCUUCGCUUUCGCGGUGGCAGAGGUCGGUGGCAAUGUUGCCAUCUUGGACGUCUCGGAUGAGCCACAUGCGCACUUUCAUCUUUUGAAAGAGAGAUUCCCUGAACAACAGUUCAAGAUAUACAAAACUGAUGUCACAGCAUAUGACAUGCUCCAACGAUCAGUGGACGCCAUUGUCUCAGAUUUUGGACGAAUUGACGGACUUGUUACAGCGGCAGGAAUAUGCGCCGACGAGCCAUUCUUCGAGCGGAGCCCUGAGUCCGUCGCCCGGACCUUCAACAUCAACGUCCUAGGAACUUACUACGCAGCUCAAUUGUGUGGUGCACAGAUGAAGAAGCAGGCGCCGACAUCCUUCAACAAGGGCGGUGGUAACAUCGUGAUGAUCGCAUCCAUUGCGGCUUAUGUGGCGAGCAAGGGUCAGAACACAAGCGAUUACUGCUCCAGCAAAGGGGCUGUCGUCUCGUUGUGUAAGGCACUUGGCGUCGAACUCUGCCCCUACAAUAUUCGAGUCAACAGUAUAUCGCCAGGCUACACUGAGACGGAUAUGACAUUGGAUCUGUGCAAUCGAAUGCCACACCUUGGACACAUCAUGGACACAGAGCCGCCAAUGCGGCGGAUGGCGGACCGAGUGGACUUGAAAGGUUUGGCAGUUUAUCUGCUUUCAGAUGCAAGUGCGUAUCAGACAUCGGAGGAUGUUUUGGUCACGGGGGGAAUUCAUGCGGGCCGUCUUAUAAACAAGCUGUGCCGGUAUGAAGAUCGUGAAGAUGGCCGCCGACUAUCGUUUCGUCCUGCACUGGCAGUGCUACAUCGCCGCAUCCAGACAUUGCAGGGUAUGCUCGCGGAUAAUAGGAUAACGGUACCUCCCAUGUGCGAAGAUGACGAAAACGUUGUCAAUCGUAUAUUCGAUGCCGUCGGACUGGAAAAGCUCAGUGUGCCUGCCGGCGUUGCCGAAGAGAGGGUGUCUGCCACUGGUGGCAUACCCACAUUGCCUGACCUCGGCGAGCCGACUGGUGGUACAGACUAUAGCCUUAAGCCGUCAUCCAGCAAUACUGCUCAGGCUGAACAUGAUAUCAAUAAUGCACUCAUGCAUGGCGGAGGUUCUCUGGUCAACAACGAAGAAAACACCUUCACAGAACCGGCCUCCUUCUCUGACCUGUCUCUCCUCUCGUGGGAUGACAAUCUCUCUCCCGACUGGCCAUGGAUGGGGAUGUUCGUACCUGAGAUGGAAUUUCAACCAGACUCAAUCAACACGACGCUCGACUUCAUGGCAGAUGCUGCAAAUGGCGCCGGACGCUCACGGCGGAACUCACAAGGCCUAGCCAACGGAGGAGAUAGCGACGGAGACGACGAAGUCAACCCUGAACUAAUUGGUCAGAUCGCCGCACGAGUAGGUGCUCUGCACCUGGCUCGAGACGGCAAGCUACGUUAUUUUGGCGCUCCAGCGAAUACUUAUCUCUUCAACAGCAGUGGUCCCUCUGCAGCAUCAUCAAAACCACGUUCCUUGAAGUGGGAAGGGCGAAGGCUCCUCCGCAAUGCAGAUCUAGAUCAGUCAAUAGACGAUGAUCUCGAAGAGCACUUCCUGGGCUUAUUCUUCUCCUGGUACAACUCAUGCCAUGCCGUGGUAGACGAACCGAUGUUUUCAAAUGCAAGGAGGCAGUGGAAGGAUAGUGAAGAGAACAAUGGAUUUUAUUCCGACGUCCUUCUGAAUGCUAUGUGUGCUAUCGGCGCUAGCCAUGAGACUCGUUAUCACGCUAGACUUGUGACCUUCCCUCGCACGCUGGCAGAAUUCUUCGCUGAGCGGAGUAAGAUUUUGCUUGAGAUCGAGCUGGAUAGUCCAUGUGUCUCUACGGUUCAGGCGUUGUUGCUGUUGAGCAGUUACGAGGCUGGCGUUCAACGCACUGCACGUUCAUGGCUGUACGGUGGUAUGGCGAUGCGACUUUGUUUCGACUUGGGACUUCACAUCAGUACAGAUUUUUACGCCGCACAGGGCGUUAUGACGGCCGAGGAGUCGCAUACCCGGGCCAUGGUCUUUUGGGCAUCUUACGCCUUGAACUAUCGAUCGAGCUUCUCCUUAGGAAGACCAUUCACACUAGAUGCGUCGGAGCUGAACGUUUCUGGACCUCGGCCAGCAUCUCCAUCCUCACAGACGCAAUGGUCGCCCUUCCCACGCACAGCAGAUAUACCCAAAGAUGGAUAUAGCCAAGCAAGACCGAUGCCAAAUCUAGUCGAUGCGAUCUGCGAGCAAAGAAUUGCAUUACUGGACACUGUUGAGCCCAUUGCACGGGCUUUAUACGGAAACACAACGAUUGCCGCCAAGCCACUCCAGGAACUGUCCGAAGCUGCAACAUGCGCGAUGUUCCAAUGGAAAGAUCGGCUGGCGGAUGAUCUUCAAGUCUCUGAAGUGACUCCUUCGCCGAUCGUUCCACAAUUGCUCGUCUUGCAUAUUGAGUACCACUAUCUCCAAAUCCUAGUCCACCGUCCCUGGACCUCACGCCGCGUCCAGCCUCUCCCAGCCCAAGGCCGUGGCUUCCGUCAUGCCCGUAAGACGUGCAUAGAAUCGGCUUGCGCCAUGGCUCAAAUUCUCCACAUCUUCGAGAAGGAUUGGGGCUAUCACCGGCUCGAUGUUGAGACAUCACAACUCCUCCCUUCGGCAGCACUCAUCUUGAUCUUUGCUUCCGUGUCUGGUCGAGGAGGUGAGAACCGGGCCAAGGAGAUUCUGCCAGACUUGACGACCCUUUUCCGGGCGUUGGAUGAGUUGAGCACAAUUUUCCCGAGCGCGAGACAGCAUCUGGAUAGUCUUGUGGCGAUUCAGCAGCAGUGGCGAAUGGUCUACAACCAGCAGUAUGGAAAGAGGAGAGAAGACGGUGGAACUAGUCGUAACGAACCUGGUACCAUUUCGAAGAGGUCGAGACUGGCUUGA